UAGCAGCAAGAUGGCCGCCGCGGAGGACGACUGCGGGGUCGGAGCCGACGCGGACCGGGAAUUGGAAGAGCUUCUGGAAAGUGCUCUUGAUGAUUUCGAUAAGGCCAGACCCUCCCCAGCACCUCCUCCUACCACCACCGCCCCUGAUGCUUCAGGGCCCCAGAAGAGAUCGCCAGGAGACACUGCCAAAGAUGCCCUCUUUGCCUCCCAAGAGAAGUUUUUCCAGGAGCUAUUCGACAGUGAGCUGGCUUCCCAAGCCACUGCAGAGUUCGAGAAGGCAAUGAAGGAGUUGGCUGAGGAAGAGCCCCACCUGGUGGAGCAGUUCCAAAAGCUCUCAGAGGCUGCUGGAAGAGUGGGUAGUGAUGCAACUUCCCAACAAGAAUUCACUUCUUGCCUAAAGGAGACACUAAGUGGACUAGCCAAAAAUGCCACUGAUCUGCAGAACUCAGGCAUGUCAGAAGAGGAGCUGACCAAGGCCAUGGAAGGGCUGGGCAUGGAUGAAGGGGAUGGUGAAGGAAACAUCCUCCCCAUCAUGCAAAGUAUCAUGCAGAACCUACUGUCCAAGGAUGUGCUGUACCCAUCACUGAAGGAGAUCACAGAAAAGUAUCCAGAAUGGUUGCAGAGUCACCGGGAAUCUCUGCCUCCAGAACAGUUUGAAAAAUAUCAGGAACAACACACUGUUAUGGGCAAGAUAUGUGAGCAGUUUGAGGCUGAGACCCCCACAGACAGUGAGGCUACUCAGAAGGCUCGCUUUGAGACAGUGCUGGAUCUUAUGCAGCAGCUACAGGAUUUGGGCCAUCCUCCAAAAGAGCUGGCUGGGGAGAUGCCUCCUGGCCUCAACUUUGACCUGGAUGCCCUCAAUCUGUCGGGCCCACCAGGUGCCAAUGGCGAACAGUGUCUGAUCAUGUGAAACACAACAUGUUUCCUCCCUGAUUUCCAGCCAUGGGGAACGUCUGGAGUCAGCAGAACCACUGGGAGCUGAGGCAGCAGGAGUGUUGUCUGCAGGAGUGGUCUGCCUGCUGCCCUCUGUCAUCCCACCCAGGAUGAUGCCAUACCAACUGAGGCUUUUUCCCUGUCUUUGUAGGAAUAAGACCUGUUCUGCAGGCUGUUUCUGUGAGCCCUUUCAAUUGUGGUUUCUGCUGCUAGCAAAGGCCCAGCUGCCUACCAGGUGAAGGAAGGCAUCCCUUCUAGGGUAUGCAUCUUCUUCCCUCUCCCAAAAUGUUAUAUUUGGCCACACUGAUGUUCACCUUUGUAUCCAGGGUCUUCGUGCCUUGUCUCCACUCCCCUUUCUUGGACCUGGGGAGCAGGGACAGAGUCUUGGUACUCUGUAUUUCUAUGGUUCUCUUGGGCAGGGCCUUUGGAAAUGAUUGGGGAGAAACAUAGCCUGGGCUGGAGCCAUAGGUCUGUCACCAUGACAUCUUGCCUUCAGACAGACCUUUCUGAAUUCUCUGAAGGGAAAGGAAGUAGAGGUUUUUGCAAGUAACCACAGUAGGGUUGAAAAAGAAGCCUUGGGAUUCUCCUCUCUCCAGGUGCUGAGUCCUCUCCUCCCUGUUUCAGCCUGAGAACUCAAGUUGCUGCCCUGUUUCUUCAUAGUGCUAUGUGAUCUGGGUGAACCCAGCCCUAGACCUCCCUUUGUCUCUCCUUAAUAUCUCCCCUCUUUCAAAAAUACCUGUUCAUUUCAACCCUUCUCUGGGCCCAAACUGACAAAGAAGGGCCCAUCCUGUUUCCCCACAUCUAGUCCAUCUGUGAUUCUCACUGGCCCCCUCUUCCCCAGGCAGCACAUGUAAUUAUGUCAGGUCUAGGACAUGAAUGACUGUUCUUCCCCAGAUACAUUUGGCUUAUUUGAAACAGCUUUGAAUCCUGUCCCUUGAUACAGGGAGGUGGUUUGGGAAAGGGUGGGGUGCAGCCUGGGUCCUUUUUCCAGACUAAUAAAUAUUGUAAGUGAGGAGUGUGGCCUUUUUUCAUCCAAGUCUUUUUCUGAUCUUCCUCAGCUUCUGUAAGCUGCAGUGUGAGUAAUGUUAGCAGACUAGUUCUGCAUAACAUUGUAAUGCUGGGUUCUACCACCACCACCCUUCCCCAGCUCAAUCUGGCAAAGGAGAUUGCAUGACCUUUCCUUGUUUCCUCUGAGUAUUUCAA